GAUGAAAUCAUCUGUAGGAAAACCAAGAAUGCACAUCAGUGUCAACACAGUAUCAAAUGCCACGCACACCCUCUACAAAUAAAAUGAAGUACUUUAUGCUGAUGGUGUUAAUUUGUAAAUGCAGAACUUCUCCUACAGGACUGCAAAGAAAUUUUUCUCAAGAAUGCUCCAGAUCAGGAUGUGAGAAUUUUGCCGGUUGUGGUCUUGGAGGAAUGUAUCUGAACCUUCAGGAUUCAAGGUACAAUCUUGGCACUUGGCCAGGACAGCUGAUCUGUGGACUGAGACUGAACACAGGACCUCCCAAAUAUGAAUCAGGAGUGCUAAUCACUUGGAUGUUAUGUUCAAUUAAUAUCUGCACAUACUUCUAUACUUUGCCAACAAAGCUGAAUUUGAAAACAAGAUAGUGUAGUUUAUAUUAACUUUACAUGUAAA